AUGGACGACUCCAUUUUGUUGCUUCUGCCUGACGACAGCGUCAACAUUAUCCAGCCAGACGCCACCGUCCACGUCAGCGAUGUCAUAGCUAUGUACCCUGGAUGCCACGUCAGCAGCCUCGACUCCGACGAAGCCGUCCUAUCAACCCACACCGUCCUCCUUCCGGGACGCACGUACCACGUCUUGACCCGCGGGGCGAUACUCCGGAGCGACUAUUCAGAAGAGAAAACUUUCAAGAAAUUGGCACAAGAGCCUUCCGUUGCAAAGGAGCGCGACAGCCCGUCGCCCGAGUCGGAUACGGCGAAACCCAACCUUGAAGCCGACGCACCUGCCGGCACCCGGCCUUUUAAAGGCGCUAGUAAUAGGCCAAAUCGGCGGUCGUGCGCGCUAAACACGGUGGAGCAGGCGGUCAGCGCGUUCGGCGCAUGCGUCGACGACACCACCAGCCGCGCCGGCGAGUUUGCGACCGAGAUGGCGAAACGCUUUGCUCCCGACGACGACCUAUCCCCCCCCGAAGCCCUUCCAGGCGACCAUUCACGCUACGCCAUGUGGAUGGACGAUGCGAACGCGUCUCGAAGGCGCACGAUCCCGCGAUCCACCACCUUCGAAUCAGGACCCGGAUAUGACGUCAGCGGAAUCACGAGCGGAAUGGCGACUUUCGCAAUGGCGGAUGCGAUGCCGUUCUCCGGCGAACACAUCGCCGCGCAUCACGCCAUGGAGCAAGAGCAGCAGCGGGUCGCCUCUCCAGUCGCCGCGCAUCUCGGCAGCCAUGCGGCAGCAUACCGCAGCCGACACCGACGGGUCGCUUCUCAGUCCCGCCUUUCCCCCGAUGGCCCCAACGGCCCCGCCGCUACCCCUCCCGCCGCUGACAGCUGGACCGGCCACGUAUCGCCAGCACAUCCGCUCACGCAACUCCCGCCCUUUGCUUACGCGGCGUCAACGCAGCUUUCUCCCGACUCGCUCUCGUCCAGCGGUUCUUUCUCCGAGUCCAACGGAUCUUUCUCCUCUGGACGCUCCUCCUCAAGCUCCAUCGCUCUGAUCACUCCCCAUGACAGCACAAGCCCCGGAUUUGCGGCUAAGUUAUUUCCACCUUCCAAGAGGUUCCCCAGCAGCGGCUCGGUCAAUGGCAGCAGCUGUGGCAGCAUUCCGAUUUCCGAACAGCAAGAGGAUUCGGGCGCCACCCCUCACGAUUCUCCUAGCCGUCCUAUCAGACUGCUGAGUGGCAGUUUUAGGGUGGUGUCUUCACCAGGAAGAGAAGACAAACGUGACGGGAAGCAUGACUCACACGGGAAGGCUUUGUUGUUAAAAUGGUUUUCCAAAAAGCACGGGGAGAGCAAUGAAGCGAAUUGCAGCCAUGGACGGAAAGCAGGUUCCAGCCGACUUUCUGGGUUGUACAUAGACAGCAGCAGUGGUACUUGGAGUGAGGAGUGGAGCUAA